CUCACAACAUACCAAAACCCUUUUUGUUUUUCUCUUCCUUUCAACACUGGUAUCCAGCGAAGAGUCACCGGAAGCCACCACCAAUCGCCGCCGUGAAGCCCGUCGUCAUCGGCGUCGUUGCGCCUUCAGUUCCAGAUAUCACCAUCUUCAUCAUUCCGUCACCGUAAGAGAACACGUACGUAAGAUGUAUAGGAUGAAUGGGGAGAUAUCACUUGUCAUGUAUCAUGGAGGGAGGUUUGUAAGAAAUGGAAGAGGUAACUGUGAAUAUACAGGGAAAGGAAGACGUGUGUGGGAUGUAGACCCAGACCUCGUUUGCAUACCUGAUCUUAAAAAAAUGGUUGUGAAGUGUGAUAAUUAUGGGAAUGUUGAGGGUAUGCAGUGGCUGAGGGAAGAAUUUGGCGAAGAUUAUGAUUUGGGGUUGAGGCCAUUGUCUGUUGAUAGUGACUUUAUCAACAUGGUUGACGCUACAGAGCGAAAUGGAAAUUGUGUUGACGUAAACGUUACACAUUAUGUUAUAGAGUGUGUAGAGGUGGAGCAUAUCACUGAAGCUGAAAGGAAAGAGAUUGAAGAAGCAUUGAUGUUGGUUGAAACUCAGAUAAGUGCAUGUAAAGUAUCCAAAGAGCCAGUGAAGAAUCCUGACAUGGAAUUCGUCAAAGGACUUGUUAGGGAAGUUCAAACACGUACUCAAACAAGAGUUGAUUUAGAGCCAAAAGAUGUAUCUGGUCAAGAGUCUCAAGCAAGGCAAGAAGGUCCAGAACAAAAUCAAAAUCCAGAUGAUUUUCCAUGCGCUGAUGAAUUAAUCCAACAAGAGCAAACUUUGAAUGAGGAGCUUUCGAAGAUGAGAAAGGAGGCUAAACGGAAGGGGGAAAAAAAGGUGAAAAGUGUUAUUCAAAGGAAGAGGUAUGUGUUACCACCAAGUGAUAGUGAUUCAGAUAGUGGUUACGAUGAUUACCAUGUUGAGUUUAGAGAUGCACUAGAUCAUAGAGAGCGUUAUUAUCAAGAUGCUGAUGAGAAUGGUGGUGGAAGUGGUAUUGUGCAAGUUAGAAGGGAAGGUGAAAGUGAAAGCGAUGAUUCAUACCAUUCUGAAGUGCUCAAGUCUCCAAUAAGUACGGAUUCUGAUAGGGACGGUACUAAAAAGGGCAUUUUCCCUCAGUUGAAUAAAGGUGCAUCAUUUGGUGAAGUUGUUUUGGAAGCGGGUAUGGAAUUUGCAUCAUUGGCUAUUUUUAGAGAAGUUGUUAGGGACUACACAAUCUGGAAUGGCAAAGAUAUACGAUGGAUAAAAGAUGAGUCAUACAGAGCGAGGGCUAAGUGCAAGAAGGAUGUUGAAGGAUGUCAGUGGGAAAUAUACUGCUGCAGGAAUAAUGUAAGAAAUAGCUUUCAGAUUAAAACAUACCAUGAACCCCAUACUUGCAGCAGAGAAUCUUACAUAUCGGCAGAAAAUGGGUGGUUAAGAUGUUAGUGGAUAAAGUUAGAGUUCAGCCAACUAUCUCACAUAAAGAGGUACAUGAUUACUUCAAGCUGGCUUUUAAUGUGAUUCUUUCCGACUCAAAAAUAACAAGGUCAUUAAGGGCAGCUAGAGAAAUUGUUCAGGGUUCUAAAAAGGAACAAUAUGGUCUAGUAUGGGACUAUGCCAAAGAGUUCGAGAGGAGCAACCCGGAAUCAACAUUAAAGAUAGAUACCAUACCUAUUCCUAAUUCUCCACCCCAGUUUCAGAGGUUCUAUGUUUGUCUUGAUGCAUGCAAGAGGGGUUUUAAAGCUGGUUGUAGACCAUUCAUAGGUUUGGAUGGAUGCUUUUUAAAAGGUUAUUAUGGUGGUCAAUUGUUGUCUGAUGUUGGCCAAGAUGCAAAUAAUCAUAUUUAUGUGAUUGCUUAUGCAAUUGUGGAUGUUGAAAACAAAGAUAACUAAAAAUGAUUUCUUUCCUUGUUGGAAAAUGACUUUGGUCAACAUACGCAAUAUGGUUGGAACUUUAUAUCUGAUAUGCAGAAGAUAUUAUUACUUAUCCA